AUGAGCGGACUCGGUGAAACAAUCGAGACGGCGGACGAACUGAUAAGUUUCUCGGAAUAUUGGUUGGGAGAAGAUAGGAUUCUGGAGGCGGCCGGUGCCGUUGGAUGUGAGGUGGCAUAA